AUGAUUAGCAGAGGCAACAAAAGAUCCACAAGCAAUACCGACUACUCAAGUGAGCCAGAGUUGUUCUUCUCGUCACUACAUGGAAAACCACUCCAAUCACAGAACACCGAAAGGUCAACUGAAACGAAGAUCCAAGAAGAGUCAGCCAGUUUGAUACAACAUGCUGCUAGGUUGGAAUUAGAGUCAAUUACAUUGAAAGAGAGCAUAGAAAAGGCUGGUGAUAACUUGAAGGAGUUUCAUAAGGUAGAUCUUCAAGAGUUGUCUGCAUCAAUGAAAGAUGUCAAAAAAGACGUCGCCUCGAUCAAGACUAAAACUAACACUAGUCACGAUAUUUUGCGACAGGGGCUUGAAAAAGUGAGUGUUAACUCAGAAUUGACAUACUUGCUCCAAAAUUCAACCACAAAUCAAGAGAAAUUGUGUCACAUUGUCGACGGCAAAAUUCAAACACUCGAAUCAUCCGUGAAAAACGUGUUGGCUCAAACUGAAUUCAUUCGAGAUAAACAGUCGCAACAAAACGAAGCUAUUAGUAAAAUAUCCAAAAAGUUUGAAACUAUAGAUGGUGACAUCAGUGACAUGAAACAAUUUUUAAGUCUUUUGGUACCCAGGUUGAUGACGUUGGAGAAAUUGUUUGUUCCAAUUUUGUCACAAGUGAAUGCGACACCACAGCGAAUGGUUGACAGUGACACUCAGACUCAACCGAAACGGCGAAAAUUAGAAUAA